AUGCUCCGCGGUGAGGAUGAGUGCUGCACGCUCAGAGGGGCUGGACACAGCUGCAGCGCAGGUGAGGAUGGUGGUGUCGCUGGGCCGGAUGGCCGCCUGGCAGAUCCGGCAACACACUCGGUAGUAAUGACAGCCAUGCAGCUGUCAGACUGUCAGCCCAGGAAGACUGAAGGAGAACAACGACUACUCUAUGAUGUGGCUGUGCUGUGCAUUGUGGGGACUUUGAGGGAGCAUGAUAGAGAGGUAGAACACCACAUUGCUUUGAGUGCUGUUCUCCCAGAGCCAUAG